AUGCCUGGAUCACCUUCCACACCCGCGUCAUCUCCGCCACCCGCUGGUAUGGACAACGAGAGCGUGUCAAAGUCAAUGCAGGCAGAAGAAGAGCGCAUGAGGGCGCAGCGCGAAAAGCAGGACGCGAAACGGGACGCGCAAUUAGAGAAAGAAAGGCAGCAAGAUAUCAAGAGUGGCAGGGAGGUUUUGGACAAGAAGUUCCAGCAAUUGGAGUUUCUCAUGAACAAGUCCAAGUUGUAUGCAUCAGUAAUGCUUCAGCAAAUGCAAAAGCAAAAAGAAGAGGAAAAUGAACGAGACGAAAAGACCAAUGGCCAAGCCUCAACACGCGAAAAGAAUGCUGAGAAGACGGCCGCCGAAUCUCAGAGACGAGCCACGCGCGGAACCACAGCAAACGGAACGGCGACGACAAAGACAGAAGAAGCAGAUGCUACAGUGAACAAGGGGCGCGGACGACCAAAGAAACAAGACACAAAGAAAGGAACGCUGAAGAAGCAGCAAUCGGACAUAUCUAGCUACUUCAGCAAGGCAGAGUUGAAGAAGAAGGUAGAUUCCGAAGACACGGCAAAAGACAACAAGGACAAUGUCAAGACCAGCGAUAUCGGAAUUACCGGCCUCAAGUCAGCUCGACAACCUAAACUGGUCACUGGAGGUGCAAUGCGGUCAUACCAGCUCGAGGGACUUGAGUGGAUGGUGUCGCUAUACAACAAUGGCAUCAAUGGCAUUUUGGCAGAUGAGAUGGGCUUGGGAAAGACUAUACAGACCAUUGCCAUGUUGGCUCAUCUGUGGGAAAACAAGUCGUACGGCCCUUUUCUCGUUGCCGCGCCGCUCAGUACCACGAGCAACUGGGUUGCAGAAUUUGAGAAGUGGACACCAAGCAUACCCGUCAUGCUCUACCAUGGCGAUAAAAAAGAGCGCGAGAGAUUACGCAAGACGAGACUACGAAACCCCGGCACGGCAGACUUUCCCAUCAUGGUUACGAGCUAUGAAAUUUGCAUGAAUGAUCGCAAGUACCUGACGAGCUUUGGCUGGCAGUUUAUCAUCAUCGACGAAGGACAUCGUAUCAAGAAUCUCGAUUGUCGGCUUAUUCGCGAGCUGCAACAGUUCCAGUCUGCAAACCGUCUGCUCAUCACAGGCACACCGCUACAGAACAACCUGACGGAACUAUGGUCGCUCCUUCAUUUUCUCCUACCUACAGUCUUUGAUAAGCUCUCCACCUUUGAGAGCUGGUUCGACUUUUCUGGAUUGAAAGACAAGGCAAGCUUCGAACAACUACUAUCAGAAGAGCGACAACAAUACCUGGUCAAGUCACUACAUGCAGUAUUGAAGCCCUUCCUGUUGCGUCGCGUUAAGACGGAUGUCGAAAGCUUGAUGCCCAAGAAGCGCGAGUAUGUUCUAUAUGCACCGCUAACGUCGAUGCAACGUGAGCUAUAUCAAGCCAUUCUCGACGGUACCAGCCGGUCUUAUCUUGAGGACAAGGCAGUAGAACGCCUCAGCAUCGGUCUCAGUAGCCGGGCAGGAACACCAUUAAGCAUUCGUAGUAAUAAUGGCAGCAGCAAGCGCAAAGCUCCUAGCGAUUUGUGUACUCCUAACAAGAGUGCAAAGACCUCUCGCGCGGGCACGCCUUCGUCUGUUGCAUCGACUAGGAGCCGAGGCCGUCCAAGAAAGAAUUAUGAGGAGGUCAGCGACCAAAAGUACUUUGCCAAUCUAGACAAGCCAGAAUCGGAGGAAGACGAAGAAGAACUGAGCUCAGAAGCGGAAGACGAGAAAAUACGCGCGGCAACCUUUGAGAUUGCAAAACGUCAACUCAUGCAGAAGAAGCUCGGAAAUCCUAUCAUGCAACUUCGGCUAUGCUGCAAUUCGCCAUACAACUUCUUCAACCCGUUCAUCAGGGCCGACACGGAUGGAGCCGAGACCUUUGCAUCGGAGACAGAACCAGAUGAGACAAUUGUGUCAACUUCUGGCAAGAUGCUCUUGCUGGAUUCUCUCCUCUCCGAACUCUUAUCCCGCGGUCACAAAGUCCUCAUAUUCUCUCAGUUUACCACAACGCUCGAUCUCAUUGCCUACUACUUGACUCUCAGAAGCUGGAACUAUUCCCGCAUAGACGGCUCUGUAGCACAGACCGACCGUCAAGAUCAAAUCCUAGCCUUCAACAAGCCGUCGUCUGCCAACAAAGAAGCUGCCGACAUUUUCAUUCUGUCCACGCGUGCUGGUGGCCAAGGCAUCAAUCUAGCAGCAGCCGAUACAGUCAUCCUUUUCGACAGCGAUUGGAAUCCGCAACAGGAUCUCCAAGCCAUGGAUCGCGCACAUCGCAUUGGCCAAACACGCAACGUUAUCGUCUACCGCUUCGCAACACGCAACACUGUAGAGCAGAAACUCCUCGAGUCUGCUGAAGCAAAACGUCGACUUGAAAAGCUGGUCAUUCGAAAGGGCGGCGUGCGCAAUGAUCGAGGCGGAACAAAGGGCUCAGAAAAGGAACAGGAGCUCGAAGAGCUACAGAAGCUUUUGAGAAGAAGUGAUGGCGAAAAGUACGAUAUCGAGGAGGCUAGUCUAGGUGGAAAACUAUUGCGUCCUGAAGAGCUAGAGAUAUUGUUGGAUAGGAGUGAGGAUGCAUAUGAGCGGGCUGAGAAGGGAUUGGAUGUUGGUGGAGACGGCGCUGUUUUCCAGGCAGUGGGUAAGCGGGAAGAAGGCGCGCUGAUGGAGGGUUUGCGCGCUUAA